UAUUGCAUAAACAUUUAGUCAAACAUCUUAUUGUGGUCAAGCAGUACGUGAGUGAAUAAAAAAAAAAAGCUUUACAAAAGAAAAGAAAAUUUUAACUAAGAAAAUAAGUAUUCGACAAGAGAUUGAAUUUAUUUUUGAAUUAAAAGAAAAACAAUGUCUUUUUUACCGGUAUAUCUUAACUGGGGAGAAGAUUUGAAGAGAUCUUAUUAUCCCUUUGACCAGCUUUUUGAAUUUCCACUGAAUUCUGAAGAUUUAUCAACAUCUUUCUUGCCUGACGAUACUGAUAUUUUAAUGCUAAGACCUCGUCGUUGUUUUCGCAGAUAUCAGCCUUAUAAAAGAAUUAUAGAUCAUACAUCCAGUGGAACAUCUACAAUACAAGCUGAUAAAAAUAAAUUUCAAGUAUCAUUGGAUGUUCAACAAUUUGCUCCAGAAGAAAUGACUGUGAAAGUUGUGGGAAAAAAUGUAGUUGUCGAAGGCAAACAUGAAGAAAAACAGGAUGAACAUGGAUGGAUAUCCAGGCAAUUUGUACGAAAGUAUAUUGUACCAGAACAAUGUGAUAUUGAUCAAUUAAAAUCAAGUUUAUCUUCUGAUGGAAUAUUGAUCAUUACGGCACCAAGAAAAGAGAUUGAUCCAACAUCAAAGAAUGAAAGAAUUAUUAAAAUUCAAAUUACAGGAAAACCUGCUUUAAGAGAUGAUACAAAACCAAUUGAAAAACAAAAGGAAAAUGAAGUUCAGAAAAAUCCUAUACCACAAAGAGGACAAGAGCAGACAGUAAAAGCUGCUUAGGAAAAUAAUUUGUUGUAAAAUUAUGUUAUAAUUUUUUUAAUAUUUUGUUUUGCAUAUAUAAUUAAUUUAAAGCUCAACUAAAUUCUUUAUGUAAAUUUAUUUUAUAUUUUCUAAUAAAUUAAGCAAUUUAGUUUUAAUUUUUCACAUUUUAGAUUUAAAUGUGAUCUUAGAUUAAAUGACAAACUAAAUUUGUAAAAUAAAUUUCUCAUUUUUAUAAGUUAUUCAUAUAUUAUUUAAGAUUCAUGUGUCAUAAACAUGUUUUUUAAUAAAACUGUUACUGUUUUUGUAUAACU